AUGGAGACUCUCUCCAAACCUACCAUCUGGGCCAAGCCUAAUUUCAUGAUUCCAAAUGGAAUGCCGGUGAUCAUCUGGUGCCAGGGAAUGCACAAGGCCACUGAGUACCGACUGUACUUUGAGGGACAGCUUUCUGCCUUGGAGAGACCUAACCCACCUGGAAUGAUGAACAAAGUCAAGUUCCCCACCCGUACCAUGACCUCAAACAUGGCAGGGCAAUACACGUGCUCCUAUCGAAGCGGAGAGCUAUGGUCAAAGCCCAGUGACCCUUUGGAUCUGGUGAUCACAGGAAUGUAUGACAAACCCACCCUUUCAGUUCAUCCUGGGUCUGAGGUGAUAUCAGGAGAGAAGGUGACCUUCUAUUGUCGCCUAGAGACUGCAACAAGCACGUUCUUUCUGCUCAAGGAGGGGAGAUCCAGCCACCCACAGCGCAGAUAUGGGAACAUGCAGGCGGAGUUCUCUAUGAACCCUGUGACCGCAGUCCAUGGAGGGACAUACAGAUGUUUUGGUUCUUAUAACAACCAUGUAUGGUCUCUCCCCAGUGAGCCUGUAACACUCCUGGUCACAGGAGAAGCUGGGAUAGAGGAACUAACACCAGCUGUUUUCCUCAAUUCUCCACGUUUCUUAUCAUCUGCAGACUCUUGGGAACCCUACUUAGUAACCACAAAGACGGGAUUCCAGGAAGAUCUUGCCCUGUGGGAUCACACAACCCAGAAUCUUCUUCGGAUUUGUCUGGCUUUCCUGGUCCUAGUGGCCCUUGUGUGUAUCUUGGCUGAAGACUGGCUUUGCAGUAAGAAGACUCAAGAGGAAGCUAACAUGGCUUUGAGUUGGGAAUGCAGAAGAAGCUUCAGAACAGAAAAACACCUGGAGAAAUGACCAAGAGAUGCAGUGGCCACAAGUAGAGCUGAAAGCUGAUCUUGACCUCGGGCUGUGUGAUCUCUAUGUUAUACUCGUGAAGGAAACAGUCAUUGCAGAAAAUGAAAGAACAACUGCAUGGAGUUUAAUGAACCACCCUAGAGGAAGCAAGAGGUGGUGAGGUGGGGGCAGGGGGUGAAAAUGCUAAAUUUCAUCUGCAGGCAGAUCCCAUUGUCUCUUUUAGGUUCUAAGUAUUUUUGUGCCUGCUGGCCACAAACCAUCUGUCCCAUCCUCCACAGGAUUCUGUCUUCACAGCUUUAUCCUUGCCUUAUUCCUUGUUUCUCUUAGUAGAUAUCAGCUCUUCCAAGAAUGUUUCUCAAAUCAUCCAGUUUGACUUAUAAUAUCACUUUUACUACUUGAACCCUGCUACUGCAUACAUAUUCAUCUUCCUGUCUCUACCAUGAACUCACAUGAGUUAAUUCUAUGUCAGCUAUAAUGGCUGUGCUCACAGCUCCCACUGCUAAGAGAGUUCUCAGGAAAUAAAUGUUGAAUCAACGGAUAUAUAAAUGUGGCUGGAGAACAGCUCAGAACUUGAGUAUAGUCCUUGAUGUGCUGUCUGGGCACCACAAGCCGUUCCUUCUUGAAAAUUUCUAGUUAAUUAACCCAUUAAUAUAACCAUCAUAUGGGUCCCAGCCCCACUCCAAUAUUCUGGUCAAAUUCAUUCUCUAAAUCUGAGUUUUCUGUUAAAUAUCACAGAAUAAUAAUUCCAAUCUCAAA